AUGCGCCCUGUGCACGCGCUGCUGCUGCUGCUGCUGAGUCUAGUGGCUACAUCGGCUAUUGCAAGUGCCGAACGUGGCAUGCGCUACAAUCCGGACGUCAUGGAUGACGACGUGCCCAUUCCUCAAGAGAAAAAGACUGAGAUUGAGACCGAGACAGCCUCUGGUCUCAUUGCGGCGCUGACUGAACACUUUCAUCAGUCGAGCGCGAUGGUGCAGAGUUUCCUCGGCUUUGAUAGUGCGGAAGAAGUUGUUCGCAUUGUGGUGAUUGAGGAGGAGAAGGAGGAUCCGGCACUAGAAAGGAAGACGGCGUGUUUAAAGGCAAUGGAGAUAAUGCACAAGCAGGAGGAGCUGAAGCAGGAAACGGAGACGUUUAUGAAGUACAUUCGCUCGGCUUUUGACAUGGUCUCGCUGAAAAUAUGGGGCGGACCGUCAUGUAAUGAUCUCGAUCGUCUUGAGCUCGUGGAUCAGUGCAACCUCGUGUUGAAGUCGGAAGAUGCGGUGCAGCUAUAUCUUUUGGAAGACAAGACGGAUGACCAAGUGUGCGACAUCAUGUCCGUCGUCUCAGAUCUGGAUACAAAGAACAAUUUGUCCUGCCAACUGUGUCAGAGAUUUGUGCAGAUGGUCGAUCAAGCUGUUUCUCAAGAAAUGCAGCAAGUGGAACAAGUCCGAGAGAUUAUCGGAGACUUGUGCGAUGCCAUGUCGACCGACUCGAUGUGCCACACGUUUCUUAAAAACUACGAUGCUAUUGUUGAUUGGGUGAAACACGGCACAGAUUCGCUUGUGGUUUGCUUGCGUCUCACUAUGUGCUCAGCGGAUAGCAGUAGUAGCCACGGCAACAAUAUUUUAAACUUGGCCUUGACGCCUGACGAGCCGCCAGCAUUCGAAGAUGGAGCUCUUGUGACAGCUGACUUCCAAGAGCAGAACCAAUCGUGCUUUUUUUGCACUCGUGCGACUGAAGUGAUCUACCACGUGAAUAUUCUUCUCCCUGAUCAGCUUUCGAUGAUUAAGUCUAUGUUGCCAAGUGUAUGCCAGAUGGCUUUACCAGUAUCCAGGUGCCAAAAUGUAGAAGCUAACUUUGACCGUAUCGUAAAACUGGUGCAAGAAGGCCUGGACCCACAUGAAGUUUGUGAAAACGCCAAUUUCUGCUCAAAGGCGGCAUUGCUUGAUAUGCCACCGAUGCGUGGCAAUGACAAGACGUGUGUGUACUGUGACGCAGCCACUACAGUCGUGGAAGUUAUUUUGCAGGAAGCUCCCGAGCAGAUUAACGAGAUUCGUGAGUACGCUGAUAUGAUCUGCGGUAUACUGGGAGAAGAUAGCCCGUGUCAUCAGUAUGUGACGCAAUUGGACACUGUUGUUGAUGCCUUGAAUAAGGGAGCCCAUCCUCGCGAAAUCUGUAAGAUGUUGAAGUACUGUUCGGCCGAAAGUAUGGACAGUUUUUCUCAGUCAGAUGAAAGCCCUCGCGUCGGUGUGAUGCGAAAUGGCCUCCUCGGAGAUGAUCACAGUGUGAGUAUGGAUGGACCUGAAGGUCGUCAUGGGCGUGUUGGUGACGGCCUUCAUCAUGGUAGCUGCUUCUUUUGCACGCGAGUAGCAACUGCAGUCCAUUACGUUAACCGCGCGUCUCCAGAAAAAGUGCCAAUCGUAAAGACCAUUUUAUCGAACGUGUGUCAGCUGGUGCCUUCAAAAUUCAAAUGCGAUGUGGUGGACAAAAACUUUGACAAGAUUGUAGAACUGGAUAAGGAAGGCAAGCACCCCCACGAGAUUUGCGAGUCGCUCGGGGUUUGUAAGAAGUUACAACACGAGGAAGAAAAUUUUGCUGACGAUCCAAAAGGUGUUACCGUGGCUACACAAUGGCCUUCUGGAAAUGAGACUCAGUGCACUUACUGCCAAUUUGCUACCACCGUGGCCAAAAUCGCGCUGGAGCAGUACGGCGCUGACAUCCGCGAAGUUCGCGCGUAUGCUGAUAUGAUAUGUGAUAUGCUGGGCGAAGACAACCCUUGCCACGAUUACGUGAAGCAAUUUGAUUUUGUGAUUGAUUCAAUUACGAAAGGCAUGACUUCCAAGGCAAUUUGCGUGGGAUUGAAGUUUUGUACUGCGACUAUAGUUGAUGGUAAAGAGAAUGCUCUGAUGUCAAGCACAUUACUCGCAUUCUCGGUCAACAAUCUAAUAGCCGAUGGUCUAGCUAAGAACUCGAUGGAAGCGUCCAGUGACAGGUGUUUUGUCUGCACUCAAGUGGCAUCUGUAAUGGAGGUAGCUGUGGCUGAAGACCCCAGUCAGAUUGCGCAGAUUCGACAAAUUGCUGACGUCGUUUGCUUCUUGAUGCCAAGUGACAACCAGUGCCAAUCAUUUGUAAAGAAGUUUGACACUAUAGUUGAUUCUCUACAGAAGGGGGAGCAGCCAAAUGCUAUUUGCCACGACCUGCAGUACUGUACGGCGAGUUCCGAUCCUGCCAUGGCUAAUCUUGCGGUGCCCGACAUGAUCGCUGUUCAGAACCAUGAGAAGGGAAGUAGCACGUGCGCCUACUGCAAUGGCGUUGUUAGUGUGCUUAAGUACGCGCUGGACCAAAAACCAGACAAAGUCAAGGAAAUGCGUAAAACUGCUGGAAUUGUGUGCGAUCUGCUUCCUCCUGACGACACGUGUCACGAUAAUCUCAAGAUGUUUGACGAAGCAGUGACUGAUGUGCUAUCUGGAAAGGCACCUCAAGAGGUUUGCCAGGCGCUGAAGUUUUGUACACCUAUUGACGCUGGUAGUGAAGUACUGUCAGAUAGCUUAGACACUUACAAGCGCGAAAUCAAUACGGUGUGCCGCUUGAUCCCGGAAUCUAAUGAGUGCGAGCUGCUGAUGAAGCAUCAAGAUGCGAUCAUUGAUUUGCUGAAGAAGAAAGAAGACGUGGAUGCUAUUUGCACGCGUAUUGGAGAGUGUGCUUUCGCAGCGGAGGAGGUGCAGAAAGAGAAGCCGAUGUCUGUUGGCUGUUUAUUUUGCGAGUUUACUGCUGACCUCUUAAAACAUGCCAAGGAUAGCGAAGAGGCCUUGCGCGAGGCAAAGGCGACGCUCGAAACAAUUUGCACUGUCAUGCCGCCGCUUGCGCGCUGCGAUGUUCUUUCUUCGAAAUUCGAUGAGCUCUUGUCGCUCAUGCGCGAGGGUAAGAGCCCGAGUGAAGCAUGUCACACUAUUGCUUUGUGCGACACAGAUUUCGUGUUUUCGCCAUCGUUGAACGUGAAGGAGGACCCCAUCGUGCAAGCUUUUGAGAAAGCGCGACAGAGCAUGAGCAACGCGGUGGAGAUCCAGUAA